AAAGCGGGGACAUGCGAAGAAAGGGGCAAAAUUCUAAUGAUUUAUUAGAAUUGAGAGAAGAGAGCGACGGAACGAGCACAUCGUCUUCAUCAAUUCAUCCUUCUUUGCUGCUGCCAAGAGGAGUAAUGGCGGACCUCGGCCCCAGAUCGGAGGACAAGGUCGCCUACUUCCAGGCCAUCACCGGCAUCGAAGACCCCGAUCUUUGCUCUCAGAUCCUCUCUGCCCAUAACUGGGACCUCCAGCUCGCCAUCUCUUCCAUCUCCUCCCCCCCUGCCCCCUCCGUCAACGAUCUCAAUCCCGAUUCAUCUGAAGCCCUGAUCCCUCGCCCUGCUGCUGAGCCAGCGCCGGCGGCGGCGGCUGCCCCUGGUCUUGUUUGGAGGGUCGUCACCCUCCCCUUCUCCCUCGCCUACUCCACCCUUUCCCUCUCUGCCCGCGUUGCCUCCGGUGCCCUUUCCCUCCUUAUCCCUGCCCCUUCUGCUGACCCAGCCCUCUCCGAAGCCGCCGCCUUUAUCGCUUCCUUCCGACGAGACUUCCCCGAUGUCGCUUCCACCUCGCCUAAUUUCGUUGCCGAGGGUUUCAUGGACGCGCUGCAGCGAUCGCAGCGGGAGUUCAAGUUGCUUUUUGUUUAUCUCCACUCACCGGAUCACCCGGACGUGCCGGAGUUUUGCGAGCGCUGCCUCUGCUCUGAGGCCGUGGCCGCGUUUGUCAAUGAGAAUUUCGUUUCUUGGGGCGGGAGUGUCAGGGGGAGCGAGGGGUUUAGGAUGAGCAACAGCUUGAAGGCUUCUCGGUACCCGUUUUGCGCUGUAGUCAUGUCUUCCACCAACCAGCGGAUUGCCAUUCUUCAGCAGAUUGAGGGACUGAACUCCCCUGAAGAAAUAAUUGCAAUGUUACAACGAGUGGUUGAAGAGUAUGCUCCAUUGCUUGUUACAGCAAGGCUUGAGGCAGAAGAAAGGAGAAACAACAUCCGCCUGAGAGAGGAACAAGAUGCGGCUUACAGAGCCGCAUUGGAGGCUGAUCAGGCUAGAGAGCGUCAAAGGAAAGAAGAACAAGAAAGAUUGGAAAGAGAGGCUGCAGAGGCUGAGAGAAAACGCAAGGAGGAAGAAGAAGCUCAGGAAAGAGCUGCCCGUGAAGCUGCUGAGAGAGAAGCUGCUCUUGCUAAAAGGCGUGAGGAGAAAGCUAUGUCCCUUGGCGUUGAACCUGAAAAAGGGCCUGAUGUCACUCGAGUACUAAUCCGAUUCCCUAAUGGUGAGCGCAAGGAAAGGAGGUUCCAUUGUUCAGCAGCAAUUAAAUCUUUAUAUGAUUAUGUUGAUUCUUUGGAUUGUUUGAAUGCGGAGAAUUACUGCCUAGUUUCAAGCUUCCCUCGUGUCUCUUAUGGACCAGAAAAGUACUCUCAGACAUUACAGGAAACAGGGCUGCACCCGCAGGCAAGCCUUUUCAUCGAGGUGGAGUCAUGAGAGUUUUUACUUUGAACAACAGCUUUAGGAUCCCUUUCUUCAAACCUAAAAUAUUUGUCAUCAUUUGUAAAUUUUCUUUAUAAAUUAUGAUAUCAACUAUGAAACAAGAUAUGGUGGUAUACAUUCUUUUUAAAUUAGGCGUUUGUUCACUAUCAAAUGUUGAAGAAGUACUUUGUUUAAACAUCCGUUUGUCUGCUUUGCUUUACCAAAGAUCCUUUACAAA